CGUUUGUGUGACAGCUCAGCGAAGUUACCGUACAUGUUAAGGAUUAUCGAAGCAGUUUCCUGUUUUAAUUGGAAAUUUCGGUUGUUGUGUGCACCUUGGCCCUUUCGACCGAACGAUAAAUGCAUCCUCUGCAUAAAAAAUAAUCACAAAAAUCGGACAUGUUGGCCGAUAGGAUUGUGGUGAUUGCAAAUCGCGGUGGUUACUGUCACAUUUAAUACUGCAGCUUGGACGAAGUGCUGCAGCCAAAGAGGAGGCGGUUUGGACCCGGCAGGAGCAAAUGUGUGUAUGGUACCCGCAAUCAAAAAGCAUGUUUCAAAAGACCUCUUUUACCACCCUUAUAAUUGGGGUGUUUAUUGUGUACGUUUUGCACACUUGCUGGGUGAUGUACGGAAUAGUAUACACAAAACCGUGUGAAGACGGGAGCGGCGAGAACUGCAUUACGUCGUACAUGACGAAGAACCCUCGACUUCAGCUGAGCAUUUAUACCUCAUUAAAGUCUUCAAGUGAUGGGAAUCCAAACCUCAAUCUUAUUUUGAAUGUAGACGACUUAGACAUAUAUUCAAAGUUUGAGAGGAACAUUAAUGUCUCUUUACCUAAGAAGACAAGAAAUAAUGGGACAUUAUUCACAUAUGUGUUUGUCCAUCAUGCUGGGGUGCUUCCUUGGAAAGACAGUAAACAGGUACAUAUUGUGACCCAGCUGACAACCUACAUGGUACCCAAGCCUCAAGAGAUCAAUCUCAUUUCUGGAGAGGAAACCACACAAAUGUCUGAGUCACAAAAGACAAUUACUGAUGUUCCAGACAGACCAAUUACUCAUUGGAGAUCACGGCUUACUCUGAAUAUUAUGGCAGAUCAUUUUAGUUUCGACAGAGAAGCGGUUCCUGCUGAUGUUCAUCGCUACAUGAAACUAUAUCAGUAUGGAAAAACUGUACAGUACCUUCCUAUAUUAUUUGUGGAUCUGCUGAGCAACCGAGUGAAGGAUUUAGUGAUAGUGAAUAGCUCUACAUCUGAGUUACCUCUUACCAUAAUCUAUGAUAAAAUAUCCCUUGGAAAGCUUCGCUUCUGGAUCCACAUGCAGGAUGCAGUCUAUUCCUUGCAGCAGUUUGGUUUUACGGAAAAAGAUGCAGAUGAAAUCAAAGGAAUCUUUGUGGACACCAACUUGUAUUUUCUAGCAUUGACCUUUUUUGUUGCUGCAUUUCAUCUUCUCUUUGACUUCCUUGCUUUCAAAAAUGAUAUCAGCUUUUGGAAGAAAAAGAAGAGUAUGGUUGGCAUGUCCAGCAAAGCAGUUCUAUGGAGAUGUUUUAGUACCAUUGUCAUUUUCCUUUUCCUCUUGGAUGAACAAACAAGUCUGUUAGUACUCAUACCAGCUGGGAUUGGAGCCGUAAUAGAGAUCUGGAAAGUGAAGAAAGCUUUCAAAAUAAUAAUUCACUGGAAAGGAAUUAGACCAACAUUUCAGUUUGGGAAAUCUGAUGAAUCUGAAAAACGAACAGAGCAGUAUGAUACUCAGGCAAUGAAAUAUUUAUCAUAUUUACUUUAUCCUUUAUGUCUUGGUGGAGCUGUUUACUCAUUAGUAUAUGUUAAAUACAAAAGUUGGUACUCCUGGUUGAUCAACAGUCUUGUUAAUGGGGUUUACGCAUUUGGAUUCCUUUUCAUGUUACCUCAGCUUUUUGUUAACUAUAAGUUAAAAUCAGUUGCACAUUUACCAUGGAAAGCCUUUAUGUACAAAGCCUUCAACACAUUUAUCGAUGACGUCUUUGCUUUUAUUAUUACAAUGCCGACAUCACACAGGCUUGCCUGUUUUAGAGAUGAUGUUGUUUUUCUAAUCUAUCUUUAUCAAAGAUGGCUUUAUCCAGUGGACAAAACAAGAGUAAAUGAAUAUGGAGAGUCGUACGAUGAAAAAUCAAAAGGAAAGCCACACAGAGAUUAAUACUGCAAAUGCACUUGAAGAGGAGCUACAAAAUAUCCCCCAGGUUUUAGUGUUGGCACGUACAGUUUGCUGCUGUUUUAACAUCUCAGAUGUUUACAUGGAGGUAGAUCAAGUUUCUCUAGAGAUACACUGAUCUCAAAAGAGACGUUUGGUUGAAAAUGCAUUGGAAUCUUAUCUUACUGGAAUCGACAUGAUAAGAAAGGUAUUCCAGUUCAGACUUGCAUACUAAAAGUAAAAUUGUGGCAUUUUGAUGGUGGCAUUUCUUAUUGCCUUUGACAACUGUUCUUUAUUUAGGAAUCCUGAUCUCAUGUUCUACUAAAUUUUCACCUUUAUAGUCAUAAGACUGAAGCAGAUGUUGCUGCUCAUACAAGAAAUGUUCUGUUUGUUCAAUACCAAAUUCAGUAUUUUGUUUAAAGUUAGAGCAUAUGUUGUCAGUGUUGCCAAAUCCUUCACUGAGGACCAACAGAUUUUAAGAAACAAUGUUUCUGACAAAGCGUGUUUAUUAAACUUAAGUAAAUUAUAUUUUCUCACUCUAUAACAUUGCCAAGCACUAACUAAUGAGAUACUGGUGUGAUUCUUAGCAAAAUAUUUACAUGGUGAUUAGAAUCAUGUUAACCAGAAAAGGUGGAAACCGUGAAACUUGUUGAGAAAUUUCCUAAAUAAAUUAGUUUUCUUUUCAAAUUGACUGGAUAUGGAGUAUCAGAAUGAAUCUUCGGAACAUCGUUAUAAAAGGUGAUGAUGACACAUAUUUGAAUGGCAUUUAUUUUGCGUUUUGAGACUGUGAAGUGAUGUAUUCAAAUGAAGUAAAAUGCAGCUGGAAUAUCCCUUAUUACAUGAGUUUUCAAUCCUGGUUGCUGAAAUGUGAGUAUAAGAAUAUUACGGUAAUCUCAGAUGCUAAGACGUAUCCUGGUGCUGUAUGCACAAAUCCUCAGUACUUCAUUAUAUUAGUGCAGCUGACUUUACAUUCAUUUUGCAUUUUUAAUUAUGCUUGUUUUUUUGUAAUGAUUGCAAUACUUUUAAUUUGUUGUGUUUCGUAAUUUGUCAUAAAUCUUUCACAUAGCAAAACAAAUAAACCUAAUAUUUGAACUAAGCAUACAUUUACAUUCUGACAUUCCUGACUUCAGUAAUACAUCACAUUUAUGAUGUUUUCUUUAAUUCUAUAGAUGGUGACAUUAUAAGAACGCCCCUGACCAUUAAGACGUAGAAAGUUAAAGAUGGCCAGUGUGGGUGCUGAUUAUAUCAACUGCUUCUUUGCCAUUAACUGUAAUUCUUAGUCCACACUACUACAUUUUUAAUUAAAAACCGCAUUUUUAAGUGAAAACAUUCGCCGCCCACACUUGCGUUUUCACAUUGUUUAUGAAACCACCUCCAUCUACACAAAAAUCUCUAAAAAUGCAUAAAGUAUAAACAUUCACCAACACCAUUCAUGGGCACAUUGGCAGAAAAAAAUCUGGAAGGGACUGCAAGGGGUCAUGUGAAAAGACAUCUUCCCCUCCGGCAUUAAUGAAGUAAAUCAAAUCAAUUACAAUCAAAAAUGCUACUCUCCAUAAGAUUUAUCACAAAACUGCAGCAACUAGUAAAUGAUUUAUUAUGCAGAUGUAUGCAACAGGCAAACUGCACAAAACUCAAUUAGGAUGCUUAUGGGUAAGCUACACCAGCGAGCACCAUGGAAAGCAGCUCUCUGUCCAUGAUGUCGGAAUGUGUUUUUCUUUCACGAAAGGUGACCAAUCUGGGAAUAACACAUUUUAAUGAGCAGGAUCCAUUGAAGAAAGGACUACAUAAUAUGCAGAAUUGAAUCUCAGCCUGAUUAGAAUCGGCAUUUUCUAAAAUCUUUGUUUUCACCCAUCCACACUGCAGCGCUGAGGCUGCGUUUUCAGAAAUAUAUGACUCUUCGUUUUCAGAGGUUGAAGAUAUUAGGGUAGUGUAUUCGAAAGAGAAAAGCGGAGACUGAUGUCUACAUUUUUAAGCAAAAGCGUAGUAGUGUGGACUGGGCCUUAGAAGCACACAUGCUCUACACAUGUUGAUCUGGCUGUCCACCUUGUAUGAGACAAAUCUCAAAAUCUGCUUGUUCUUUUUAUCUGAUUUAACUGAACAAUCAUCCCACAGAGUUACAGAAUAUCAUCCAGGCUUCAUAUGUAGCACAGAUAAAUGUUCAAAAGGCCUGCGUUUGGAACUAAUGUGGAUUCAAUUGAACAAUGAAUCUUUAACAGUGUUUAAAAGCCCCUUACACUCUUAUGAGACACUUGCACUGAAAGGCAGUAAUAGCCUUACUACAUUUAUAACUAGGCUGUAAAAAGAACUGUCUUGGAAUACACACUGGACAAAUCACUAUUGGCUGUCUACAAUAGAUUUAUUAAUUACAUUCAAAGUAUAUGAUUUGAUGAACUUUUUUUUUAUUACAGCAUGACAUUUUCCCUUCUGAUGAUUAUUCUGCCUGGCUACAUUAUUAAAUAGGAUUUACUGAAGUCUAUUUGUAAAAUAAAAUAAAUGCAUGCAUAUCUUUUGUCACUUUUUAAUAAAACAACACUGUACAGUCGAAAAAAAGUAUGUGUAAGACAAAUAAAUUUUUUUCUAUUAUUAGUAAAUGUUUGGAAGUACAUACUGGUUUAGAAAAAUCCAUUAAAAUCAAUGUACAAUGUAUCUACACUAUUCAAAUGUUUCAUUAAAACUA